GAUGUCAAAAGACUAAUUCUAACCAAUGCAAUUUAACAAUUUUUUUUAUCAUUUCUGUGGAUUUUAGAAGUGACCGAUUCGCUACAGUGUACAGACAGAGUACAGAUAGAUUCUCACAAUUAUUAUCAAAGAUGCCUCAUUUUCGUCUUGAAACCAAUGUCCCCGUGGAGAAAAUUCCCAAAGAUUUUGCGGCCAAAAUUUGCGCCGUUCUGGCAUCUUCUUUGGGAAAACCAGUCAGUUUCUGUGUGGCAACUGUUGUGGGAGGCGUGAAUAUUUCGUUUGGUGGAUCGGACGCACCAGCAGCUCAAGCCACUUUGAUGAGCAUUGGCGGCUUAGGACCGGCUGAAAACAAGAAACAUUCCAAGGCAUUAUGCGAGAUCGUUGAAAAAACCCUGGGAGUACCGUCAGACAGAAUUUACAUUCACUUCCUGAACGCGGCAACAAGUGAAGUGGGUUAUCGUAACAGCACUUUCCAAGAAAUUUUGGGCUAAGUUUACUAUAUUUGCCUUUUAUUGAUACCGCUUUGCUUUAAGUACAAAUCAACUUAUUUUUUUAGUUCUUAUUAUAAUUUCCUGUUUGUUGUAAUAUAAUGUUUAACAGUU